UCGAACAGGAAUAAACAAAGAAAGUAAAGGGUGCUUGUUUUUUUCUGCCCCAUUAAUCUUUCUCUUUCACUUGUAUUUUUAAUCUACAGUUUAUAUAUAUAUAUAUAUAUCUGGGUUUGUUUAAUGGAAACAAAAGUACUUUCCUCCGGUGUCCGGUACGAAAACUUACCGGAAAAUUACGUCAGACCGGAAUCCGAGCGUCCCCGAUUAGCGGAAGUGUCAGCUUGCCAAAACGUCCCUGUUGUAGACCUGGGUUGUGACGACCGGACCCAAAUCAUCCAGCAGAUUUCCGAUGCCUGCAAGGACUUCGGCUUUUUCCAGGUGAUAAAUCAUGGGGUGUCGGAGGAGACAAGGGAUGGAAUGAUAGGAGUGGCGAAGGAGUUUUUUAGUCUGCCGAUGGAAGAGAAGAUGAAGAUUUAUUCCGAUGAUCCGGCGAAGACAACGAGACUGUCGACGAGUUUUAAUGUCAAAAAGGAGAAAGUUCAUAAUUGGCGAGACUACCUUCGUCUCCAUUGUCAUCCUCUUCACAAAUACAUGCCGGAGUGGCCUUCUUCUCCUCCUUCUUUCAAAGAAGUAGUGAGUAAAUACAGUAUAGAAGUGCGGGAACUAGGAUUGAGAAUAGAAGAAUUAAUAUCAGAAAGCUUGGGACUGGACAAGGAUCUGAUAAGAAAUGUGGUGGGGGAGCAAGGACAGCACAUGGCGGUCAACUAUUAUCCGCCGUGUCCUCAGCCGGAGCUGACUUACGGAUUGCCGGCUCACACCGACCCUAAUGCCCUCACCAUUUUGCUUCAAGACCUGCAAGUCAGUGGCCUCCAAGUUCUUAAAGAUGGCAAGUGGGUCGCAGUUCAUCCCCAACCCAAUGCUUUCGUCAUUAACAUCGGCGAUCAGCUCCAGGCGGUGAGCAAUGGAAAAUACAAGAGUGUUUGGCAUAGAGCAGUGGUGAAUUCCGACAAGGUAAGAUUGUCAAUUGCAUCUUUCCUGUGUCCGUGUGAUGAUGCAGUGAUCAGCCCACCUAAGCUGCUGACGGCGGAUGGGAGUGUAGCCAUUUACAGGGAUUUCACUUACGCAGAAUACUAUAAGAAGUUCUGGAGCAGAAACUUGGACCAAGAACAUUGUUUGGAACUCUUCAGGAACAAAUAGCCUCUUCUUUUUAAUAAUAUUCCCCGUCAUUUCCAUUUCUUUGCUUCAAUUCUCUUUUUUCUUCCUUCCUUCCUAGUUUUUCAGAUUGUUUUUUGUAUAGAUUUUGUUCUAUAUAAAAACUAAUCUAAUGAUCUAUUUUAAUCAUAAAUUAAGAAAAAAAAUCAUAGCUAUACGUACGUAUGU